AUGUAUAACGUGCAACGCAGUCUUGCCCUGCAGAAGAGGCAACAGCAGAAGGCUAACGAACAGCAACGCCCGCUCAAGACCAAAGGGAAGGUUGAUCCUACUCAGACACUCAGGUCCGGCAUACUCCUACAUUACAGUCUUGGCUCAGACAAACUCUCUCCGGUAUUCGGCGCCGAUCUGUGCUGGAACGCAUGCUACACGGCGAUGGAAAACGCACCGCACAACGAGCGCGUCGAAUGGCCACCAUUGGCAGCUUUUAAGGAAGCUGGCCGCAGGAUUGGAUCAAACGCUCCUGACCGAGCUCUACCGGCCCCCAGGCAAAAUACGGUCCAAGAGUAUGUACGAAUGAUCGAAGGUGAUGGCGCAAACGACGAAGUAGGUACAAUGGAUUACCGUGAAAAGGCCGUCAAGCUGGAUAGACUCGACCUCUCCCGACCGCAAUCUCUGUUGGAGCCUGACAUAACUGAUAUCUGCGACAUUGAUGUCGGGAGUCUCCCUGCUUGGACUCGCGAGAUAAUCGCCGAAAUCAACCUUGACGAGGAAGAAAACCCGACCACACCCCGAGAAGAUGAGGGCGGGGACAAGAAGUGCGUUGUAGGACGGCAGGAGAACUGA